CUCUUCGAACAUGAUUGGUCAACGGAUUCGGAGGACUUUGUUAUUCAAAUUUGGGUGCUAAACUCAGUGUCGUUUUCUCGGCUAAGUAAUGAAUUAAUAACGCGCAAAACGAACUCAACGCACGUUCGAGAUUGCCCCGUAUUGCUCAAUUUUCACGAAGGACUUUCCGGUUUUUUCCCCGAGGCAAUUUAUGGCACCUUUGUCGGUGAUUUUAUGUCCUUAUUGGCAAGUAUAGUUGUUUAUAUUCCUAGUAGCCGUGUAACUAUCAAGUCUGUCUGCCUGAUCAGUUGGACCGCUUGUCCGGACAAAGCCUUGUGACAGGUAAUGUUGAAAGUGUGAAAUCGCUUCCCUAUUGUAAACAUGGCCGAAGAACAACUACAGAGGGCUGACUCGAACCUCAAGCCGAGCGAGCUGAAGGCUGCAUUCAAGCGAAGCAGGGAUAUCGACGCACUGUUGGACGAGGAAAGAGAAUUAAAAGAAAAAGAAGUUCAGAUACUUAUUUUAGGUAAGCAUAGCAUUAGGAUCUAGUAAAUUCCGCUGUCACUAUAGUCGGCUCGUUAACGGGUGUAUAUUCGGUCAUCUGUUCCUUAAUAUUGUUGCCCUAUUACCACGGAAUGUAGCCAACUUUCACAAGCUCCCAGAUAUAAAAUUCAUGGAGGGGCAAAGUGUCCUAGUUUGCCUCGUGAAGCAUCUACCCUGGUCAUAUCAUGAUCGGCAAAACCUCUUUGAGAAUUGUUCCAUACCUACUUUUUCAAAGAAAGCCGUUCUUAAGUAAACAGCGACAAAACAAUUUACAGCUAUUGAAAAUCAAAAUUCACCUCCGAUAUAACGCAUUAAAUAUAUAUCAGCUUAACUGAUUUUAAAGGGCACGUCGAUGAAUUGUUUUUUUCUUUUCUUAUUUGGUGAACUACAGGUUUGUAGAACUUAUUCUUAUUAAGACUCAUUCGCGAAAAAAUCUAAUCCCCUUAAGAUAAUGUGAGACAGUAUGAAAGUGGAAAAAUGUUUUAACUAGACAACUUGCUGACAAACACUUAACAUUUGCAUAUUGUAUACUUUCGAAAAUAGUUCUAAUUUUACCAGGAACAUAAAAUCAUAGGCUUUCGCUUUUUGGCGGUACAAAUUUUACAAAAUACCCAAAAUGGUUAUUCAGCUAAUAUUUUUCGCAUCGGUGAUUAUUAAUAAUUAAUAGCGUUCAGAACCAGAAGAAAGUUGGGAAAAUGACAUCCAAUUAUGAUUUCAAAUUAAAACGGAAUAAAUUUAAAUUUAUAGAUUGGCAAAUGAUGAAAUAUAGUAACUCUACAAGUGCAAGCUAUUAAUAUCUGUUGAGAAUUAAUAUAUUGAUGAAUCAGGUAUAUUGUAGUGACCCAUUAUUCAAAGUGUUUUUAUUCGCUUCAUUGUCAAAAAUACAUAGAGAUCAGAAUCUAAUCAAAAAAACAAAAACAAAAUCAAUACAACAACCACAAAACUUACUUAAAAAGUCUUGGAUUUUUGUUUUUUUCAUGGAAGAGUGUUGAUGACUUCCCAAGAUGACAAACAAAUGUUCAGUUAAUUUUGAAAAUAAGUUCCGUUUUACUAUGUUUUGUAUUUCCUUGCGUUCCUCUUACAUGUAAAGUUUAGCGAGAAAACAUGAGAAAAAGUUGCUACAUAGGAUUUCUUUGUGAAUUUGUUUGUUUUGACUGAGAUGAACAUAUUUGUGGUCGGUUUUUAAUCCGGAAAAAAUUAGCAACGACGACGGCGACCAGCUAGCGACUGCGAUGACAAAGCCGAGAACGUCUAAAAAGAAAUCGGACACGGCAUGUACGCGACAACGAAUUAAAUUUUUCACUCUUUCUAAACUUGGUCGGGGGUGGGGUCACCAAAAAUUCAACACAGGAAAAUUCACCUGCAUUUGAGAUUUAAGCGAGUGAGUAUAGUUUUGAUAAAGUUUUUGAAAAUAACGUGAACUAAAUUGAGUUUUUAACUCUGAACUUUCAAGAUCACUGCCCUUGCCGUUCCCAAGUCGUUGCUGAUCCCAUACAGUAAAAACCCGCGUAUAAGAACCUAAGCUUUUCCAAGCUAGCCUAAGAAGGUUCUUACAAAAAUGGUGCUAACUGGAAAAUUAGGCUACUAAGGUUCUUAAACAGUUUUUUUUAUUUUAAAAAAUAAAUAAGGUGUUUGUCAUUGGUGGGUGUGGUCUAUUUUGGGUCUAUUUUUGUUAUUGCAUGCAUAAGAUGUUACAAAAAUCUUUUUAAUCCAAGCCUGUUAAGGACAUUUAUGAAGUUUAUUCAAAGCUGUGCAAGUUAAAUAGAACAAAAACAACGUUAAAACAUGAUACUGUGUUGCUGCUGGGCCAAACAUGGUACUGUCAUAGAGUCAGAUCCCUCGGCUUAGUUUGCACUGACUUGUGUUCUGUUGCCACAUAUUGGUAUUGGUAUUGUAAUUAAAAGAGACAAUCAUUAAGCGGGUGGUUUUAUCUUCAUUUACUCGACUAUUAAAUUUUUUUUCAAAAUAAGAAACCGUUUCAAAAUUGAAAGUGAAGAAUGAUCAUCGCAGUAAAUUUUCCAAUUUAAGCAAUUGGAAAGAAGAAGCCUGAAAAAAAAACCAGGGGUUUCAACGGGAUUCGAACCCGUGACCUCCGCGAUCGGUGUGUUGCUCUACCAACAGAGCUAUGAAGCCACACAUUGGGAGCGAGGUCAAUUUAUUGAGUUCAUAUCUCCCGUGAGGAGUGAAAUGAUGUGAAGUAUAUAUGAAAUAAUUCAUUUUUGAACUGCGGUUGUAGAUGAAAGUGAAGAAUGAUCAUCGCAGUAAAUUUCAGUAAAUUUGUAGGCUAGAACAGGUUCUUAUGUAAAAGGGUUCUAAAUGGACAAUCUUAGCCUAACAGUAGAUAAUUAGAGAAAGGUUUUUCACCUCUGGGGCCGCACCUGAAUCUUAGCUUACACGCACCACUUCUAGACUUCCCUAUAAAUCAUAGCAAUUCCAGAAGGUCUCAAAGAGUAACAUGCACUUCACUUGGAAUUACCACAAGUUCCUCAGCUUUUAGAAAGGAAACUACAGCACAUGAAGCUCUGAGCUGCCAUUGUAGUACUUUUAAAAGCAUUCAUCGCGGCCGAUCGAGAUCACAUAUUAGGCUGUUAAAAAAGGACGCUAAAAUAAUCUCAGGGGAUCUUUAUAAGUAGAUCUUGCCAGUAUCGCUCCACGAGGGUUGCAAGCAUAGUUAUAGGGCCCUCACCACUUUCCAGACCGGGCCGGUGUGAUUGUCUUUUUAUGCAACAUGCUUUUUUUGUCCUUUUUUGUUUGAAAACGGAGAUUUUCUCUCUGUGUUUGACCUAUCGUCCACACGUAUCUGGUGAAACCCUUUUUUUUGGCUAGAGAAAGGCGACUGUGACCAAAAACACAGCUUUUCAAAAUCGCCGUCCAGAGUGGAGAUUUUAUUAAAACGCCGGCGUAUCGUUUACGUGUGGGCUGACGAAAUCAAAUACCACAAUGUCAUACAUCAUACAGCGCAUGCCCUGUAAGGCAUGCAAUCGUAUGGCUUCGAACAGCUUAAGCGAACAGCGUUUUGUGUGGACUGGCGAAAACGAUUCGCCAAAUAUGCGUAGAAACGUAUUUUUUUUUUUAUUUUAAAAACGGAGAAAAAAAUCUCCGUACGUCUGGAUGAGGCCUUAAUUUCCCACUGCUAAUUUUCAGGUUCCGGUUGCUCUGGAAAGACAACCUUUCUCAAACAACUGCGCAUCGUCUAUGACAAUGGUUACACGGAGGAGGAGAGAAAAGCAUUCAAACCAAUAAUUUAUAAGAACAUCAGCUCAGCAAUCGCUAACAUCGUCAAAGGGAUGGAUGAAAUCGGGUUGACUUUUGAAAACAACGAUUUGAGAACCAAGGUGUGUAUUUUCUAUUCAAUCCCUAGUCAAAUAUCUUCCAAUGACCCCCUGCCUCGCAGUCUAGAACGGCUACUUUUUAAACUCCCGAAGGGCAUUUUACACAUUUUCCAUGUUAUAACUUCAAGGGCGGAGUAUCCCUCCAGCAGAUGUUCACUUAGCCUAGCCUCUCGGCACAAGACUCUCUCCAAGCGAAAAUAAGAGGAACGCCUGGGGAUGAGGGCUCCAGCCUCCGGACGUUUUUUGAAUCAUUCGUUCAGGCGCCUUGAGCGCCCGUGGCAUUUUUGUGCGCCAUAACUCCCCUUCCUCCCUCCUUAUCAUACAAAUGAGCAGGCUAAGAAUUGUGGGGUACUAGUUUAUCGAAGUCAAUAUAUAUGCGUUAUUGACCAAGCGUGAGGUCGAGAUGCCUGGAUAUUUUCCAAGUUCCUUUUUGCGUUUUCAUGGACCGAGGCAAAGUCGAGGUCGAUAAAAACGCAAAAGCGAACGGGGCCAAUACCCAGCUAUCUUGACCUAGCAAGCUUGGUCAAUAAAGGAUUUAUUAUAUGAUUGGCCAAAGAGAGAACUUUUUCUUGCGGGACCAACGCUGCAAAUCCCGAGCGGGUCCGCUAGGGUAACCAAUCGGAACACAGGAUUCGCUUUAUCUUGCCCGCUCGCGGAAUCAGUCGCACAAUGGAUUAUGAAUAACUUCCAUUUUUUUAACAUUCAUGUAGAAUUUUACUGAGGAAUCAUCAGAAAACUCCAGCUCAGAGGAUAGUGAGAACAACAACUUUUCGCUUCAAGACAGAGUUCCACUGUUGACAGAAUUCUGGAAUGAUCCCUCUGUACAAACCUGCUAUGAUCAGAGAAAUCUAUUUUACAUCGAAGAUUCCGCUAAAUAGUAAGUGAAUUCAUCAGUGACGGAAAUAAUUCAUAAGUAGCUUUAUUGUAGUCUAUCUGACCUCAAUCUGAACUUUUAUUACUUCUUAAUUACGCUUUCUGCUCUAAUGGUUUGUUCUAAAACACAUGCAUGAAAUGGCUGCUAUUCCCUCUCCAGUCAUGUCAUUCGCUAAAAUAAGCUAAAGCUUACCCUGUCUUCCUCGCUGUGAUUUUGUAUGGCCCUGAUCUGAGUUUUCAGGCUCUCCGACUAGUUUGAUUGUGAAAACAACUCAGUGCAAAAGGAACGACAAUAUAAGCCUUUUGGCAGAAAGUAGACAACACUGAUUUGUGACGGAGAAGAUGAAUUUUUGACAAAACUACAGAAAGAGAAUAGGACACUUCACCCUCCCUCGCUGUUGCAAAGAAAAACAUUUUACGAAAUUUAAAAGGUUGCCGGUCUCAGUUUUUUAUGAUUGUUUGUUUGCGUCUUGAAAGAAGGCGAUUUUUUUAACAGUCUCGACCUGGCUUGGUAACAUAUUACAUAAGUCAUCAGCUUUUUUCGUUUACAUUACGUCAAAAAAUGAGCCCCAGAUGUUUUUUGUUUGUUUGUUUGUUUGUAUUUUCGAGCCACGUUUUGCAGUGUUUAGGUUGUGUUUCUUUAAAAAUAAAAACCCAAAUAUAGAGAUUCAAGCUAGGGUAACGAUAAAAACUGGUAGAAUAUCUUUACUCCUAAGAUACGAAGCAUCCGAUUUCACUGAAAUUUUUUAUAGCAGUCGUAUCAGGGAGACAAAAGGCUUUUUUGCGCUCGCGCCGAAAAUUGUUGUGUUUUGGCUUUGAAGAAUGUUUAAUGACGAAUUUGUCCCAAAGAACUGCUAAUGAAUGCGACUCCAGGGUAACUGGAUUCAGAUUAAACCGGCUGAAUGUUAAUUGAUACGAAUGUUAAUUCAUACGAAGUAAGACAGAAUCAGUUUUAGGCUCAAGUACAUGUAUGCAGAUCCGGAUUCUUCCAAUGAAACGCACCCUUGUUGCCGACCUGUAGGUCGCACGCGCAAGUUUUCGGAGCUUAAUGCUGCCUCAUGUUUUAUUUGUUGUCAGCUUUUUUGAAAAUCUGGAGCGGUUGUCUCAACCGGACUACAUCCCAACACACGAAGAUAUUCUUCAUGCCAGACAGUCAACACAAGGAGUAGAGGAGAGAAAAAUAUCGGUAAACAACUUCCAAUACAGGUAUCUACUCAGUACCUAUACAUAUUUUAAAAGAGAUUACGAGCGGGCUAAGUUUAAAUGCUGGAUAGAAAGUUAUUGGUUGUUGAAUUUUCUGAUAAAGGCUCAUUUCAAGCGCGGAUCCACACCGGUUUCCACCAUCUUACAGAAAUCGGUCAAAUUUUUCAUAAUAAAUAUAUUUUUAAUAAGAAAAAACUUUCCACUGCAAGGCUUCAUCCGAGGAUAAUGGAACUGGCCAAUAUCCUGUCUGAAUGAUUCAGAACCCCAGGAAAGGAGACUUAAGGGAGUUAAAAUCCGAAAAAUUCCCUGGAGAAGCAUACCCCCGGACUCCCAUAGAAGCGUGAGCCUUCGGCGUUCGUUUAGGAAAUCGGUCAGUAUUUAUCCUAAAUCUGGGCCUACCCUCAUCCUCGCUAAUUAUCCUGGUAUUAAUUCCGAUUAAUUCAUUCAAAGCGCAAUGAACUUGCUGAAAAAUCGAAUCAGAUCGAGGAAGGGAAAGGUCAAUCAUUCGUUUUGGGAAAAACUAAGUGAACUCGUCAACAGACGCGGAAAGCUUUUUUGAUAAGUUAAAAAAACCGUAAUUAUAUCAGCUUUACUGACAUUCACUGAAGACAUUCCUCAAGUGAGGUGCAGUCUUUGCGACUUUGUUUCUGAAUUGGGCUUCUUUUCCGUUUACAGAGUAAUAGACGUCGGAGGACAAAAAAAUCAACGCAAAAAGUGGAUUCAUUUUUUUGAAGGUGUUACAGCAGUUGUGUUUUUUGCGUCGUUAAGCAGCUAUGAUGAGUUCGUGGAAGAAGACGAAAACACAGUAAGUCAGUGUUAGAGGAGCCGUUGGAGCUAACUGUUUUAGCUUUCUGAGUGACGGAACUUGGCUAGAAAAAAGUUUCACACCCCUAGACCUCGUUUCAGCUCCUAGGUAUUUGUUAUUGUUAAAUCGAUAAAAGCCCCCAGGAAAGAGCAAGGUCGCGGGGGCAGAAUAGAAGUUUGAAUAGAAUAGAAUAAAUGGGACUUAGUUCGAGUCAGCGGGUGGUUCGAGUCACAUGAGUUCGAGUUAUCGGGGUUCUACUGUAUAUAGGGACUGAUAGCUGCCCAGCUGUAACCGGCCUCGUUGACAAGCUAUUCUCAGUUUGGGGGUUGGUGCCUCGGUGAUGACGAAAGAAAGACCCUUGGGAACGAGGUUGCUAAGGUCGUUGGGUGCUUACUUUUAACUAAAAAUAUUACGCCUCUAGAAGGCUUAUGGUAAGGUCAUUUCUCGGAAAUUCCAACUGAAAAUUGAGGACUGUGCAUGCGUUUUGACGAGGUAAUCCUGUUAUUCCGGUUGGUAUGAAUCAAACGUCAGUUACCAUUCACUUUUUCCUUUGUUCCAUUCCCGCGCCAUAUCAGUUAGUUGCCCUUUUUUAUAUCCACAAGCGUAACAGAAAAAGUAAUUCGGUGGUGAGCUAAUAAAUCGCUUUCUAUCAUGCAACAAGGUAACCCAACUAGUUUUUUCUGUCAAAUAGUAUUAAAGCACCCCUUCUUUCUACUACUACGUCAUCGUGAUGCAUUGAAGAGAGAACCCUGCGAACGAAUUACUAUGCCUCACGACUUAUCACAACUAAACUGGUUACGAAAAAGCCGGGAGUCUGGGAAAGCGCCGUUGGCACUUCGGGUCCUUCCCUAUUUCGAAGAACAUUAAUACCACGAUCGUUACAUCUUUUCACUUCCAUUUGGUUUAUUUUUAUCAUGUUUCUCUUCUAACCAACAUUUUCUGUAUUUUUCAGAACGCCAUGCUGGAUAGCUUAGAAUUAUUCGAAGAAAUCAGCCAAAAUGAGUUCCUUGAAAACACAGAGUUCAUUCUCUUUCUCAAUAAGCACGAUCUAUUUGUGGAGAAAUUGAAAACAUCGAAGCUUUCCUCGUGUUUUCCUGAUUACGAAGGUAAGAGAAAAUCCGUUUUUAGCUGUUUUUCUUCUUCUUAAAGGGGUUAAACCGGUUUUUGGUCAAACAUUUUGUAUCAACUCUGCAUUUGUUUUCUGCGCGUUUAAACGUGCACAGACAACAAACAUCGUUGAUACUCAUGCAGAGGAUCGAUACCGUUACGGAUGUAAUCGAUACCACAGUUUUUGAACUUGAAUUUUACUAGAGGCGCAGGCAUAAAGCAAACUGACGCGUAAGCACAACGGUGUCUUAACACGAGUGAAAACGAACGCUAAAACAUACGCAAGAAAAAGAGGUGGAAAUGCAAAUUUAAAAACGUCAAUUCCCUUUUUUAUUAGUCUACAGAACAGGUGUUAUUUUUGCGCGUUUUUCAGACAAGCGAAGACAGCAAUGGCAAGUUUUCCAUUGCCAGCUGAGGAAAAAGUCCUGGCGACGAGGCUGGAUUGACUGGAUCGCGAGACAGACAAAAGAUAAAAGAUUUUCUCCUGCGUCUUUCCCCGGAGCCCGCACCUCGUGCGCCUGUCUCUCGCUUGCCUUCUGUCGCCUGAAUAACGCGAAAAAAGCCGGAAAAGGGCCCGUUUCUACAGGCUAUAUUUUUUGUGGACUACUCCGACGCUAUCUUAAUAGACCUUCAUGUCACGGUUUUCGACGCCAUCUUGACGAGUAGGCAAACGUGUGCGAAAUUACAGUGUUUGUAUGAGAAUCUGAUGUCGAAUUAUUUCCCUAGAACGGCUUUUCUGAAAAAAAUAUCAAUUGUAAACUAAAGCUUCACUCCUAAGGAUUCUACUGAAAACAAUUGAGGGCGUUACAUGCCCUAGAAGACCUAGAACCACUUUUUAGAAUUUUCUAUACAUUUGUCUGUAAGAGAGUCCCGAAAAUUACAGACAAAUAUAUGGAAAAUCUAAAGCAAGCCUCUGGAGAAAUUUAAGCAUAGGUACGCCCCCAAAAUUUUUUAGGGCAAUCCUUUGCUUAGUAACUUAAGUUUACAACUGAUAUUUUUUUCAGAACAGCCGUUUUAGGGAAAUUAUUCGACAUUAGAUUCUUAUACAAACAAUGUAAUUUCUCACACGUUUGCCUACUCGUCAAGAUGGCGUCGAAAACCGUGACAAGGUCUAUUCAAGUAAGAGUCCUUUUUUCCAAUUUUGAUGGUUGACAGUUUUAUGAGGACAUUUAGUCCAACAGUUUAAAUAAAUAUCAACUUCUGUAGAAAUUAAUGUUAAUAUUAAUCUGUAUUUUUGAAGGUUGAUGGUAAAAAAGUUCCUAUUUUGAAGGUUGACGGUUACAACUUAGGCCGUUUGACGGCAGACGAUUAACUCCAUACAGACCCUCAAUUAACGGUACAUACACUCUUCGUUUCAGGUGGUCCUGACCCGGAGAUAGCUCUCGCCUACGUUCAGGAUUUAUUCAUGAAAAGGAAACCCGAAAACAAAAAAGUUUAUUUACAUGUGACUUGCGCAACAGACACUGACCUCAUGAGAACAGUACUGAAGGAUGUAUUCGAGAUUCUGGUUGAUAUAAAUCUCAAGAAACUUGCCACUCUCUAGUUCAUGUUGCAAGUUGCUUGAAAAUCAUUUUUAAUUUUCAACUGAGCUAAUUUUUGCGUUUUUUCGGUAACAGUAUCGCGCAGUUUUUGCAGAGACUCUUGCAAACAAAAUGGACAAAAUGCUUUCUUUCGUCUACAUGCUUGAGAAAAUCUUUCUGUUUUCUUUUAUCCGAGUUGUUUUCCAGUGCGCAUUCAUAACAAUUGAGGAAUUUGACGCGUUUGGGUAUGUUAUCUCUUAAUAUUGGGUCUAAAAUGCAGUUUUAUAAACGCGAUUGAUCAUGGUGUGGUAAAUUUCACCGGCUGAACUACGAAUUUCGUGUUUUAUCAGAUUCGCUGAAGCUAUAAAACGUGAUAACGGUACUUAAUUUAAUCGUUAAUGGCAC